GACAUAGUCCUGGAUAAUGCUGGAUAUGAACUUAUUACUGAUCUAAUACUGGCUGACUUCCUGUUAUCAUCAAAGUUAGUUACUGAAAUCCAUUUCCAUGGAAAGUGUAUACCAUGAAUUGUAGUUGCCAUGAGUAAAGAUGCAGGGGGAGAGAGGUGAUUUGGAGGCCACUCACUCUCAUUCUUAUACCCCUCUCCCCUCUUUGAGGAUUACCCCCAGCUGGAUUGCAGGUGACAAGCAGUCUCCUGUGGAUGUCCAAGAUCAACUCACUAUAAUGAAGAGACAAGUGGAAGAGAGAGCGAAUUUAAGUGCUAUCUGUAGUGUUGGAAGAAACAAAGGAAGAACAGAGGCACAAAAGGGAGCUUAUGAUCACAUUCUUCUGGAUAUACCUGUCACUCGAGAACAGACAAAUCACUAUCGGGCUGUGGCUGAAACUGCCCGUAGUGAACUUGCAGCACUUCUGGUAAAGUAUGAAUGUGCCCAGUCAGAGCUUCUAGAUCUCAGAUCCAAAAUGGUCUCUAAAGAAGUCUCAUUGCAGGAGCUGAAGGCUGAAGUGGAAAGCUACAAGGAAAACAAUGCUAGACAAUCCUCUCUACUCCUCUCUUUGCAAAAUCGCGUUCAGGAGAUGGAAGAGGAAUCAGGUGUGCUUGCCACUUCCAAAAAACAGACAGACCUAACAGCACAGGUGUUGCUCCAGGAGAAUUGGGAACUGAAGGAAAAGAUCCAUGACCAAGAAGCCAAACUGAACAAAUAUUUGAAUGAGUGUGAAGAAAGCAAGAAUCAAGCUUCUAAGAUCAGCUGGAAGCAUGGUGAAUUCUUAGCACAGCUUUCUGGAUUCUUGGAUGUAGACAUCAGAGGAAAAGAGGAACCACACAAACAUUUAAUUUCAAAGGUCAAUCAGAUGCAUAAAGAAAAUACAAUGCUAAAAGGGCAGAUUGCCACUCUUGCAGAGGCUAUCAAUGUUCAUGAGAUAGAGUCAAAAGCUAGCAGAGAAACCAUCAUGAGGCUUGUUUCGGAAGUCAGCAAAGAGCAGAAAAAGGCUGUAGCCUACUCCCAAGACAUGGACAAGCUUAGCAAGGAGCUGGACAGUGCUUUAACAGCCAAACAGAGUCUAGAGAAGGAGAUCAGAAGCCUCCAAGAUAGGCUGUCUGCUAGCCAGAGGGCUUGGGAAGCCUCAAAGCAGGAACUGCACCACCUGAAGAGAUGUUCCAGUGAGAUGGAUGGGAGUCUGAAAAGCAGCAUAGACGAGGCCAGGACUGCUCAGAGCCUGCUGAGUGCUUUUAAAGAGCAAGUAGCUACCCUUCUUAGCAACAGUUCUGUAACAGUUAAGCCCUCCGAGGAGGCCAUCAUGGAGCGAGUUCGAGAACUUGGCCGCAGGGAAGAGAGCAAAAAGAUAAUGGUGUCCCAGCUUGAAGCCCAAAUAGCUAAACUGACUGAGCAGCUGGAGAAUCAGACCAGAUUGUACCAGGAGGCUCUGCAAAAGGCCAGGAAAGCAGAAAAACAAUUUGAGACACUCCAGGAUCAAUUGAUGCGUCUGGAUGGGGAGUUGGUGUCUGGAGAUGUGAUGCGAGAUGAUUUGAAGCUUGAGAAACAAAAAUAUCUUAAAUUUCUGGAACAACUUUCAGCUAAAAUGAAGCUGGACAGUGUUGCAUUUGAGAUUGGGCUCGAUAUGAGCCUGGAUGCAAUUCUGGCCCGUGCAGGGCAGUUGGUCAAACUGGAAAGUGAUGCAGUGAUUGAAAACAAGACUACGGCACACAACCUACAAAGGAAGUUGAAAGCUCAGAAAGAAAAGCUUGAGAGCAAAGAGCUGCAUAUGAACCUUCUGCGGCAGAAAAUAUCCCAGCUGGAAGAGGAAAAGCAAGUGCGAACAGCUCUGGCUGUGGAGAGAGAUGACGCCAACCUCACCAUCAGAAAAUUACAGAAGAAGGUGGAGAGGUUACAGAAGGAGCUGGGCCUGGCAAGAGACUCUAACACUGACCUCAAAGCCAAACUGUCUGACACCAGUGAACUGAAAGUCAAAACUCUAGAACAGACUAGAACCAUUGAGGAACUAAACAAGUCUCAAGGCAAGCUGGAAAAGAUGAAGGAGAAGGCUGAAAAGCAGCUGAUCUGUGUCAAAUCAGAACUACAGUUUACGGAGCAUGAAGCUAAGGAGGAUAAAGAAAGGGCCAGGAGUAUGCUAGAAGCAGUUACCAGUGAACUGAAGGCGCUUAAAACAACCCUGGCAGAGGUAUCAAAAAGAGAAAGGCAGCUGGCAGAGUUCCGUGAGGUGGUCUCGCAUAUGUUGGGCCUUAAUGUUACCAGCCUUGCGCUCCCUGACUAUGAAAUCAUCACACGUCUCGAGGGGUUGAUCCAUUCUCAUCAGCACCAUUUUGUUCCCUGUGUCCUCAAAGAUGUGGCAGUGAGGCAAGAUGGACACUCGCAAAGCCACUUACAGCUUCUUCACUGAACAGUGCCUCUUUGAGAGGCAGCCGGACAGAACUCAGCUGGCUCUUAUGCUGCUCUUCAUUUUCAACACUGAGUCCUGAGGGGAUUGUGGGUGAUUUAAGCAAAUAUUUCUAUAACCAUCUCUUUCUAAAUGUACAUAUGGAGUGAAAUCAUGGCCCCAUUGAAGUCAAGAGGAGGUUAGCAAUUGCCUUCAGUAGAGCUAGGAUUUCACCCACUGUACCAACAGUGAAACAAAAUACAGAAAAGGAUCCAACUUAAAUUUUAAUUUCUUGCACUCUAGACACGGAAGUAUUUUUAAUAAGCAAUAUUUUUAAUACAGCUAAUAGGUGUCUGUUUCCCUGUCCAGGAACAAACAUGUAAUUCCUCCUACUGUUAAUGACAGUUAUCUGUACAAAUUCACAUAGGUAAUUGAUAAGAGGCAGGCCAUAUCACCCCCAAUAUAAAGUUUGUACGUAAUCAAGGUCUAUAUGCUGGAUAGACAGUAUGUGGGCUAUAGACAUGCCUCUGCUGUAUGGUUCAUAGGACAGCCAGAUUGUGAAAGUUCUGUUGGGCAGAUGAGAGGUAGCUAUUCAGUUACAUCUCCCAACCAACGCAUACCUCGCUCUCAUCAUUGUUAGCCCCUCUGUGCCCACUGUAGUUGAGCUUUAGCAGCUUAAUUGGGUGAUGUAAAGCCAGAGGAUAUGAAGUUAGGAAGCAGCAUGCGCCCACCUCAGAGCAGUGUAAGUUGUGAUGCAACACACAUUGUAAUUGCAACAAGUUCCCUUUUGCAUAAUUAACAUACUGUAGAGGGGUUAGUAGCAUGUGGCUGGCACAAAGCUAGCCAAUAUCCAUGCAGUAGUAUGGGACCCCUGGAAUGGCCAAGAUCAACUCACAAUUAUGCAAUGUUCUCUCUAAUGGAUCUUGACUGCUACAAAAAUCAAGGUGGGAAACAGACCCUAUGGCCCUUUAGCUUUUCCUUCAGCUAAGAAUGAUGCAAUGGAAUGGAGGUUGCCCAGCUGCCACUUUCAAAAUCAAAGCUCCCCUUCCGUGCAUUUUUAUUCAUGAAGGGGUUUUAGUUUGGAUAAAUUUGAUUGUAUUUGUAUGCCAUAAAAGCACCACAUUUUUGGCAUGAAGAACUCAAUUCUUCCAGUACCCAUCUUCCUUUACUACUGAGUUGCCAAAACAAAGGUCUAAAGUUAUUUUCUGUCUCUUCAAUAUUAAUCUCUUCACACACUGUCCUGUCAUUUAAAUAUCACAGGUAUUGUUGAUGGGAUCAUAUCUUACCUUUUCUUCCUGAAAAGAAAAUGUUAUGAUGUCUUUUGUAGAGCAGCAGCAAUCUUUUCUUAACUGUUGUAUUUGUCUGGCUGUUGCUUUUUAAGCAGUUCAAAUUCUAGCUCUACUGAAUUAAAAUGUAAUUUAAAAUA